AUGCAGGAAAUGCUCACAUUUUGUCGCCUCUGUCUGUGCCAGGACAGCAAUCGAUUAUUGUCUUUAGCCACGGUCGCUAAAUCUUCAUUCUCCGUACAGGAUCUCGAACGGAUAGCGGGUAUUCAAGUGCCCGAGGACGAAUGCCUGUUCUACAGUAUCUGUUUGCAGUGUACCAAGACUGUGGAAAACACACUGUCCUUCCGCCGGUCAUGCCAGGAUAAUAACACACUGUUCCGGCAGCUAUUCGCGGAUGCAGCAAAUGAGCAACUGGGAUCCGAAUCUCCGACUGAACCGCUGACGGAGGGCUCCAAACUUAAGUCGUUUCAGAUGAUGGUAGAAUUUGUUCUGCCAAACAUAGGUGAUCCUGGCGAUCUUGCAGAAACCGCAUUCGAGGCCACCGAUUUUAAGUGCGAUGAGCUAACCGAAGGAACUGAAAGUAAAGAAUCUCCCAACGAGUGUCAAGGUACUGACGCUGCCUUCGAAAAGGGGAGCGAAAAGACGCCCGAACGACCAUCGAACACUCUGUCCGGAUCUCGACCGAAGCGACUUUGCAACAUAUGCGGAGCAAUGGUGUGCGAUAUACGCGGCCAUACCCGAGCCCACACGCAGCAAACCUUGUUCCCUUGCCCUCAUUGCCCGAAACAAAUGACUACCAAGGGAAACCUUUCGAGCCAUGUCCACACAGUGCACGAGAAAAGGAUAAUCAAAUCGUGCCAAAAGUGUGACCUCGGAUUCACCACCAAAAACUCGUACCAAUCGCACAUGAGAACCCACCACAACGCGGGCAGGCCGCACGUGUGCCAAGUGUGCCUCAAACAGUUCCGGCAUCCAUCGAACUACCGGGACCACAUGAACCGGGCACACUCGAAGCACACGAACUUCGAGUGCACGUUUUGCGGCAAAAGGUUUAAAGCUAAGAAAAUACUCAGAAACCACCUGAUGGUACAUUCCAACGAUAGACCGUACGCUUGCAGCCACUGUCCCAAGUGGUUCAAGUCGUCGUACGCACGGAAAACACACGAAAUAACGCACACCGGAACCGUGUUCCCUUGCACCCUCUGCCCGAAGGUGUAUCGAUACAAAAGUGUGCUCAAAGAGCACUACAAAAAAGCGCACGCCGAAAUGUAAGCUGGAGAGACCCUCCGGAAGCUGAAUUUGGGGGCAGCGAAUGAUUCAUUUCUGCAAACGGCACACACUCUGUCGAAAAGCAGCUAUCGAAGUGCUAUCGAGUGA